AUGGGCACCAGAAAGUUCAGAGCUACUGGCGGCUCAUCAGAAGACUUCGACUUAGACACUGGCACUUAUUCGAUUGAUUACUACUAUGCCGCAAAAGACGACUUCCGCGCAGCCCCAGAGGGGAAAUUCGCCCUACCAUGGCCUUAUGAUCGGUCAAGACCGUCGCCAGAGGCUGUCAAUGUUGCUGGGAGCAUAGAAGACGCUUGCCGCGCAAUCCUACAAGACCAUAGAAUUAGUCUUUACCACAUGCAGGUGCAAGGCUUGUCGCCAAGAGGGAUGUUUCGGCCGCAGGAUACGCUUGUUAUCAGCACACACGACGAAGAUGCGAACAACUGGAAGGCAGCUGCUACUAUGGUACAGCUAAGAUUAGACGAGGCAUCUCCAGACGUCAAAAUUCGUGUCGAGAUCAGAAACGAGCAGAAGAAGUAUAGAGAUGUCUCAUCUAUCAUCAUACCCCAUACACCAGCUCAUAUAACAUGUCAAGAGGCGGAGCCAAUUAUUUACAAAGAUGUCAAAAAGAACUGCGCUGGUCUCUGGACUACGAUUUCGUAUCACAUGCGCGGCCCCCCUGAGCAGACUCAGCAUAGACAGCCAACGGUUAUAAUAUCAAUGGCGCCUGGGUCGCGAAGCAUCUGGGACCUCGUUGAAGCAAAAAUAAGAAAUGGGGUGGCUCACCUAAAUAUUGACGUCGAGCUCGUGCCUGGGAGGGCGAUGCUUGCUAUCUCCCAAGAAAUGUUACCAACGCCGCGGCUAGUCCUACGGAAUCUUGCGCCUCUGCCGUUGAAUGGGUCGUCCAUUGGCGCACGAGACAUUACCACACAAGCAGGAAGCGUUGGCGUCUUUGUCAACUUUCGUGGUAGCGGUCAAGAAGAAGUGGAAAAAUGCUUCUUGACGUGUUGUCAUGUAAUCAUUGACAACGACGGGAGCGCUGAACAUGGCGUUGGAUUUCACGGCGUCGGUCUCUAUGGACGACAGGCAGAAGUUAACAGUACUGUUGACUAUCCAGCGCGGUACGACGAAGUCGAGACUAGGCGGGUCCUGCAAGGCGAGAUUACUUCAAAUAACGAUGGAAGCGGAAAUGGGGCUAGGACGCUUAGUAUCAUAAAUGGACAUCUAAAAGCUGGAGGCAUCGGCAAAGUGAUCCAUGCGUCUGGGCUUCGGAGGAAAAAUAGUACUGGGCGUCGGAUGGACUGGGCCAUCAUACGGCUUCAUAACCAGACGUCAAUUCUGGUAAACAAACCACCGCCAGCAAAUUUCUCGCCAGCUGAGCUCUUUUACGGAAAGCUACGUUAUGAAGUUAGCACAGACGAAGUUGUUUCACACCAUGGGGUAGUAAAUGAUGGGAGUUGGGUAUCGAAAACCGGCCGCACGACUGGAAUUACUGCUGGAGAGGUUAACGCUAUGAAGAUAAAGAUUGACUGGAUGAAUGGGAUGGAGUCAGACGAGAUGCAGAUAAACCCGGUACUAGGUGGUCAGCCCUUCGUGAGCGGCGGCGAUUCCGGGGGUAUGGUGUUCAACUUAGAUAAAGAGUGGGUUGGGAUGGUACUUGGGAAAUUAUCCCAUGAAGAUGCUGGCAUUGUGACGCCAGUGCAAGAGCUUCUCGACGACAUUCGGGAAAAGACUAGUGGGACUUCGUCAAGUAUAUCAGACCCUAAUGGUCCUAGCAAAGUGGUCCUAGCAAAGUGGUCCGAGGUCCGAGUAGUCCAGCCUCACUCUAAAAGGAACCCGCGGGAACAGGGCCAGUCCUUAAUCAAUGAACCGACAACACAACAACACCCCGCCCGAUCCCUAGCGCCGAUCCUCGGUUUCGCGACGCAGGCGACGAAGGUGAGCAGCUUGACGCUUGUGCCGUUGUGGAUUCUGCCGAUCGGGGAGCACGAGGCUCCGCUGGUGUUUCUAUACGUACAGUGCACAGAGUAG